AUGGCACGGUGGAUGGCCAAAAAAAAAAAUGGAUACCCCACAAUACUACCACUAAGGUACCAGGCCCGGGUGGCCACCUACCACAUGGACUUCCGCGUAGUCGUCUGGGGAGACGUACGCGCGUCGGCCACGCGAGACGACGUCAGGACGUACGCGGUAAAGACGGUUACCGCGGUCGAAUACGAGCUUACGGUCAUCGCGGUGCCGCGCGCCAAAGUUUACGGGGAAGUAUUAUAUAAAAUAUCGUGGGCCGCGGCCCCCUUGGCCCCGUCAUCACUGAUCGCGCCGCGCGCCGACCGCGGUUGCGUGCGCGAGCGAGUGUGA